UAAAUUUUAAUUAUCGUUGUAAAAUAUUAUUUUCGACUGAAUUCAUAAUAGAUCGGAUCUUGAUAAAAUUACUGGUAAUAUAAAUUAUGUCCCAAGCUCUAAGACUAAUAGUAGCUAAGGGUAGUGAAUAGAGUUGUAUUCAGGCAGAAGAAGAAGAAGAUGGCUAGAGGUCUGAGAGUUGCUUUGUUGUUUUUUUAUGGGGUGAUGAUGCUUAGUGCAGAUUUUCAUCAACAAGCAAAUGCAGCAGUAUCAUCUAAUACUAUACAACUCAUCAACAAUGCUAACGAACACGGCCCUUAUCUAGGUUUAGUUAUUCCAAAUCUUUUUGAGAUGAACCCUCUUCUUCAAUCUCCAAACUUCACUGCUACUGAUCUCAUUAUCGAUUUUUCUGGGAGGAGAUUUCGGUUUGGAACCAUUGGAGAAAAGAAGGUGAUCUUGGUGAUGACAGGAUUAAGCUUGAUAAAUGCAGGCAUAACUACGCAGCUUUUACUAAGCUUUUUCAACAUAGAAGGAGUUGUUCACUAUGGAAUUGCUGGAAAUGCAAACCCAUCUCUCAACAUCGGAGACGUCACCAUUCCCCGAUACUGGGCACAUACCGGACUCUGGAACUGGCAGAGAUACGGACAUGGACCUGAAGAGGAGCUUCCCCUGGAAGCAAAUGGUGACUAUACGAGGGAUAUUGGGUAUCUUAAAUUUGCAAACUACACAGUAAACGUCACCGGGUGUAGCGCCUACGAUAACUUGCUAAACAAUGUAUGGUAUCAGCCUGAAGAAGUUUUUCCUGUAGAUGGAAAUCCUGAGGAGAGACAACAUGUCUUUUGGGUUCCUGUUGAUCUUGCUUACUUUGAAAUUUCUCAGACUCUAAAGGAUUUGAAACUAGAAGGCUGCUUGAACUCGACAACGUGUUUAUCUGAGACCCCAAAAGUGGUGACAGUGGAAAGAGGAGCAAGUGCAAGCAUUUACCUGGAUAAUGCAGCUUAUCGAAGCUUCAUAUAUGAUAAAUUCAACGUAAGCCCUGUGGAAAUGGAAACUGUAGCUGUGGCUUUGAUAUGUCUCCAGCAAAAGAUACCUUUUAUAGCUUUUAGAGCUCUCUCUGACUUAGCCGGAGGUGGAUCUGCCCAUUCUAAUGAGGCUGAUACUUUCAUCUCUCUUGCUGCCAACAAUUCUGUUGCAGUCGUUUUGGAAUUCAUCAAGCGUUUACCCGUGAAAAAGACCUAUAUUUCCUAG